UCGAGCGAACUAGAGAAGAUUUUGUCGAGAGUCAAAACCAACAAACGGAGGCCACCUGUCUAUUGGAAUUGGAAGCUUUACCAAAUUUUGUUUUUUCGACCGGUAGACAGCAUUGAGCCUUCAAUUUUACUCUAAUGAGACUAAUAAUUAAUAACCGUUGAAAGACGUUUGGUAUUUCAAAAAAAUUCAAAAAGUAAAGUCUCGAAGUGAAAUUCACUUAUCCAUAAAGGCGAUAUUAGUAUACGUAUACACUUACAAGGAAGCAUGGAAUAAUCAUCACUGCCAUCUUGUUUGUAUACAUUCUGCGUUUGUUUUUUCUCAGAUCGAAACGUUAUAAAGUUGUGUGAUUGCUAAAAAUUCUUUGUGUUGGGUGAUUUUCCAUACAAAAAGAAAGACAGUGAAAUUCUACGUAAAAUCAACGCGGCGUGCCGCAUGACAUUGGCCGCCUCAAGGCAGGCAGUCGGGCAGGUCCAUUGUCAACGGUCAUAGUUAACAAAGCUCCCUGCAUGCCAUGAGUUCCCAUCACCACUUGAUGAACCCAUCUUCCGGCGAGGUGGAACAUACGAAUUUUCUCUCCGAAGAUAUCGGCUCUCUUUAUCUGACAGAUGAUUAUUCAGACGUGACUUUUCUUGUCUGUGGUCAAAGAUUCAAUGCUCACAGAGUUAUUCUUGCUGCCAGAAGUCAAUAUUUUAGAGCUCUCCUUUUUGGAGGAUUAAAGGAGUCCAUGCAAGAUGAAAUUGAACUCAAAGGCACUACUCUAUCGGCAUUCAAGGGUCUUCUUAAAUAUAUUUAUACGGGUCACAUAUCCCUGGCUAGUUUACGAGAAGAGGUAAUCCUAGACAUUCUGGGCCUGGCGCAUCAGUAUGGAUUCCAGCAUCUCGAAGUUGCAAUUUCCGAUUAUCUUCAUGAUAUAUUAAAAAUAAAAAACGUGAGUUUGAUUUUCGAUGCGACUCGCCUCUAUCAGCUGGAUCGUUUGACCAAAGUUUGUCAAGAAUUCAUGGACAAACACGCUCUUGAAGUGAUACAACACGAAAGCUUCUUACAAUUGAGUCCAAAUGCUCUUUCCGAGCUUGUUGCCAGAGAUUCCUUCUACGCACCCGAAAUCGAUAUUUUCACUGCUGUGCAGGCAUGGAUCAAAGCAAAUUCCGAUGUGGAUCCUUCCAAAGUGUUGGGUCAAGUGAGGCUGUGCCUCAUAGCAAUAACUGAUUUGCUGAACGUCGUCAGGCCGACAGGCCUCGUCUCGCCAGAAGCGAUUUUGGAUGCGAUCGCUAUUCGCACACAAACGAGAAACUCGGAAUUAAUCUAUCGGGGGCGUUUGCUCGUUGAUGAAAAUGUUGCACAUACUAGACACGGGGCGCAAGUAUUACAAGGGGAAAUGCGAAGUUUUUUGCUCGAUGGUGAUACCCAUAAUUACGAUAUGGAGCGAGGGUAUACGCGUCACGCAAUAACGGAUUCUCAAGAACAUGGAAUACUCAUUAAAUUGGGCACUCAAAGUAUCAUCAAUCACAUAAAAAUGUUAUUAUGGGAUCGUGACUUACGUUCCUAUUGCUAUUAUUUAGAGGUCUCCAUCGAUCAAAAAGAUUGGGUUCGUAUAAUCGAUCACUCGGAGUAUUUCUGUCGGAGUUGGCAGUACCUUUACUUCGAGCCAAGAGUUGCUCUUUACAUUCGGAUCGUCGGUACAAACAAUACCGUCAAUAAAGUAUUUCAUAUCGUGAGCUUCGAAGCGUACUACACAAAUCAUACAGAAAAACUGUACAAAGGUUUCGUCGUUCCAACGCAAAAUGUUGCAACGAUGGAACGAAGUGCGAGUGUUACCGAAGGAGUUUGCAGAUCGCGAAAUGCUCUAUUGAACGGGGACACCUCAAAUUACGAUUGGGACAGCGGAUACACGUGUCAUCAGCUCGGUUCUGGUUCCAUACUCGUUCAGCUUGGUCAGCCGUACAUAAUUGAUUCGAUACGGUUGUUGCUUUGGGAUUGCGAUGAUCGUUCGUAUUCGUACUACGUCGAGGUGUCGAAAAAUUUGUGGGAUUGGGAGAGAGUCGCGGAUAAAACACGAGAGGCUUGUCGUUCUUGGCAAACUCUGCGAUUUCAUCCGCCCCGACCCGUCGUUUUUAUACGUAUCGUAGGAACUCACAACACGGCAAAUGAGGUUUUCCACUGCGUGCAUUUCGAGAGUCCGGCUCAAGUAGACCCGGACGAGGAUAAAAAAUCUCCAAUGAGAAAAGGUGGAAGAUCGCACGUGAACGAACUCGAAGGAAUUCCGCCACCUCCGCCUCCGGAAACAGCGACAGAAGCAGUGAAUAUCGAUCAAGAUGACAGCGGAUCGAAUCACGGUUCCACCGCAUCAGCCGCAAUCGCCUAAAAUGAACGCACACUAAUUCGCUUGAUUUUUAAAUCAUUCGUAAGACCGAAAAUACACACGUACGCAUACACACACUCGAAGAAAGAAAAACGCGUGCGUGAAUAUCGAUAUUGCUCGGUGUUGGACUCGGCAAAAAAUUAUCGUCCCCUAAAACGACCGCGUCAAAAAUAAUGGUGGAUGAGAUUCAAGUUGAUUGAGAAUAUUUUGAGAUCUUUGUUAAAAUCAUACGAUAAGAAGGAAGGAAAACGAAAACAUAUUGUAUACGAAAUUCAUUUUUCUUCGGUAAAGAUUUUUUAUCCCGGUUUCGACGUUCGAACCCGUAUUUGUUAUAAUUUUAUUUAUAAGCGUGCGGUGAUUCUCACGCGACGGUUUUUUAAUCUAUCCCGAACCCCGUAAAACGACGAGUAUCAUUCGACAUUGCGGCUUGAGAGUUUAAGAAAUGAAAAUCAUGAGAUUCAAUAAAAUUGUUAAAUGAAGAAAUAAAGGAAAUGUUCUCACCGGCGGUCCCUGUCGUGAUCGAAUAGGGGAUACACGCGUGUUUGGUUCAUCAGUAUUUGUCUUUUUAAGCUUUUUCUCUGUCUCCGUAGUUACUUUGCGUUAAACUCGGUUUUAGAUAACGCAAAAAAAACAAAUGCGAUAAAAUCAUGAGGAAAACUCACCUAUCUGUAAAUAUAGCGUAGUAGGAUCUUUAUUUUUCUAGUCACCUCCUUAUUGCGGUGAGAAUACGUUACCGAACAGCUAUACAUAGAAUUUAAUAUAAAAGUUAAUAAAUACGGAAAUCAAUGUA